ACUUUCUAGCAAAGCAUUUUAAUUCUCCCCUCCUUCUGUAACUAGACCUCAAAUUGAAACCAUGGAACUGCUUUCAAGCUGGUGCUACAAUGGAUCCUUGCCGGAAAGUUACGUAAUGCCACCGGAGUCAAGACCGGGGGAUCUCAUCGUUCCGUUGGGGAAAUCCAUCCCGGUGAUUGAUCUUCAGUGUCACGAUCAAAUCGAGACGGUCCGACAAAUUCUGAAAGCUGGCGAAGAGUACGGAUUUUUUCAGGUAAUCAACCACGGAGUUUUGGAGGAUUUAAUGGAUGAAACCAUGGAUGUUGCGGAGGAGUUCCAUGCAAUGUCCGGGUGGGACAAGGAAAAGGAAUGCGCCAAGGACCCGAAGGGGAGUUGCAAGCUGUACACGAGCAGCUUCGCUUACCCGAGAGAGGAGUUUCACUUGUGGAGAGAUGCGGUGACGCACCCUUGCCGUCCUUUAGAUGAACACAUUCAAUUUUGGCCUGAAAAGCCAUCUAGAUACAGAAAAGUUGUUGGGGCGUAUUCGGUUGAGUUAUGGAAGCUGAGUUGUAGAAUCCUCGAGUUUAUAUGCCAAGGGUUAGGGCUUAGCUCCGAUUACCUGAGCAACGAACUGAGUCAAGACCCCAAAAUCAUGAUUAAUCACUACCCUCCAUGCCCUGAACCGAGUUUAACGCUGGGGUUAUCUAAACACCGUGACCCUACGAUCAUCACCAUUCUUCUUCAAGGCCAAGUACAUGGCCUGCAAGUGUUCAAAGACGGCCGAUGGAUCUGCGUCGAACCGAUUCCUCAUGCGUUCGUGGUUAAUAUAGGCUACCUUUUACAGAUAAUCAGCAAUGGGAAACUGAAGGGAGCUGAGCAUCGAGUGGUGACGAACUCGAGAGAUCCGAGGACGACUAUUUCUUUCUUCGUCUAUCCGUGCGAUGAGAGCCUGAUAGGACCGGCGAAAGGUUUGGUUGAUGCAAGGAAUCCUGCAAUUUAUAAGGCCUUCAAAUUUACCGACUUUGUUGCUGCUUUCAUCCUCAAACCUGAUAAGGAAGCUUUGAAGGAGCUUAUAAGCGCGCCCCGUAUUCUCGAUUGAUAGUUCACGGCUUAAAACUCUAGAUUCCCAUGGCUCCGGCUGCCUACUUGUUAUUUUGUAACCCGCUGUCAUAUCAU